AUGCCUGAGCACCUGAGCUCUUCGACAGCUCCGCGACCGAAUGCGAUAGCCCAAUUGCAAGACGAGAAUGAGGCCCUGAGACUACUCUCCAGGUCGCCGCAUCCUUAUCAUCGGCAGAAAUCAGAACUUCUCGAGCCCUCAGAUAGAUUCUCGAGCUCGACUACGGCGCCUCCAGGUUACCGGUCGAGCGUCAACGGCAACCAACCCCGGAGUCGGACUUCGUUUCCGGCCGUAUCCCGCGAGACCACGCCGACAGCCAGUGACAGCGGCACCGAGGCUGAUGAUGAGCAUUUCCUCAAGGGGCUGCCGGCUCCGCGAACAAAACUGCACAAGGGCCUGCGGGGGCACAAUGAGCUGCUAUCCGGAACGUCCUCACCACUGCCAUCCCCGGCACUACCGGAAGACGAAUAUAGACGGAACUUCUCAAAACGCAACAGAGUCAUCGUGCGGCGGCUCACUGAGCUGAUUUUGCUAGGAUCACUUGGCACAUUGGUUUACUCAAAUGACCAGGCCCGCCCGGUACUUUACGCAUGGCGCAAAGAGCUCUUUGUGAGUUUAGGUAUUGCGAGUCUCCUAGCAGCUUUGUAUCCGUUGAGGGUAGUGUGCUGGGCCUAUCGGCACCGGAAUCCAUCCAGGCGGAUACCUCUCACCGUCACCACCAACUUCGACCCUGCACCACUUUUGUACCCUAUAGCCAUCACACUGCUUGUUUCGUCGCUCAUAUCGAUCGACAAUGACAAGGUUCUGCUUCCAAACAUCAUCUUAUCGCUAUGCGUCAUACCGCCUGUCCUCAUACCAAAGUUACUCAGUGCAGAUCUUUGCAGCCCAUUGCACUGGCUGAUUUCUUGUGCACCCAUCGUCGUCUCACAAACAAGAGGUCAUGAACCGGCGUCAUCCCCAGACACGAGCCACCAACAUGCAUCAGUUCAACUUGAAAGUCUCGUACUGUUGUAUCCUCUACAUCAAUACUUGUGCAUUACUCUGCAAUCCCUUACCACAACUAGUCUGUUGACUGCGGAGCUCCAACUCCUGUCUGUGGCGCUCAUCAAUGUGCUGUUGUUGUCGUCCUCGCCACAGAUCACAAUUAUCAAAGCGAUGCUAUGGGUGGGCGGCCUUGACAUUCUAGUAUCAUGUACACGCAUUAUUCUAUGGGGUAUCGCCCUAGCUCGCGUACCCAAGUGGCGCUUCAGACGCACUGAGAAUUCGGCGAAACGACACACUUCAUUUCUCUCAGCCCUUAUGUCAUGGAAGAGAGUUCGCCAUGACUUGUUUCGUGCGCCUAUGGACGGCUCUUCAUGCAGCUCAUGCGAAAACGUUGAUGAUGCCGAAGACAGCGAUGGCGCAGGUGGCCAUGCGUCAAAAGGGUUAUCCCGGGUCAAGACAGCAACGCUUGGUGGUGCGGACUCAACCGGCCUUGAUGGUCCAUUUUCAGGUUCAGAGCAUAAAAAGUCUGCAGUCCGUUUCGAACCCACUGAAGCCAAACAGACAGUUCACCGAAGGAGGCAUACAUUACCCUUUAUCGACAAAGUACUAAAGAAGUCAUAUACACAUACACCAUCAGGACGGAGGAAGAGAUCAUCCUCGUCAUCAGUAAGAGCGUUCUUCGCACUGACCCAGGAACAAGCCACAACUAGAAAGUGGCUUUAUGCUCUAUACGUCUACGUCUGCAUUGCUGCCACGGUGUUCUUUCCAAGCCCAAUAGUUGGUGUGAAGGACUUUGUGCAAGAGCAUGCACUAAAAGGCUAUGAGCCAAUAGGCUGGGCUCUAGGCUAUCUAUUUGGAGACCUGAACUGUUUUAGGUGGCAGGUCGUAAGCCAUCUCCUUGAAAGAUGGAUAUGUCUCCCUCCGCGCGUCGCUCUCGGUGACGAUCAAGGCCUGGGCUGGGUGCAAUACCUUCGACAUGCAGUUUUCGGGGAAGCCAACACUCGCCUACUCCUGAGUGGUUACUACGUCAUCGUUUUGAUAAUCGGACUUCUUAUCGUCUUCAAGCUGUCGCCCAAGUACGAAGUGGACACGCGAAGAAAGGUGUUCCACUUCAUGAUGGUAGCCAUGCUCGCCCCGUCGAUCUACAUCGAUCCAGCAUUUGUGGCACUGGCAUUGUCGAUCGUUCUUUCCCUCUUCUUAAUUCUCGAUCUACUUCGCGCAAGCCAACUUCCGCCUCUUUCGAAGCCGCUCGCAUCAUUCCUUGCCCCGUAUGUGGACGGAAGAGAUUUGAGAGGCCCUGUCGUCAUCUCGCACAUUUUUCUUCUAAUCGGGUGUGCCAUUCCUCUCUGGCUAUCGCUAGGGUCUCUUCCACGUACGGGAACAGGUUAUAUGGAAGGUUGGGAAGUGCCAACUCGUGAAGUGAGCAUGGUGGCCGGUGUCAUCUGCGUUGGUUUGGGUGAUGCAGCUGCCUCUCUAAUCGGCCGCCGUUACGGACACCGCAAGUGGCUAUGGGGCGGCGGUAAAAGCCUUGAGGGCAGCGUCGCCUUUGCGGCCGCGGUAUUUCUCGGGCUCAUGGCAGCUCAUAUCUGGCUCAAAGUCGGCGGGUGGCCUACUGCUACCCCUCUGGAUUCGUUGCCGGUGACGAUCAGCAAGACUACAAUAUGUGCAAGCACAGCUAGUCUUACGGAAGCGGUGUUGACAGGUGGUAAUGACAACGUAGUCGUACCGGUGGUGUUAUGGACUUGCGUGAAGGGUUUCGGCAUUUAG